UACGUUCUUCCUUUCCACUGCCCCAGCCAAUGAAGAAAAGUUUUCAUGAAGGGACACAAGCAAGCAACAGACAGUUGAAUGGAUAGCGAACGGUGCUCUUUUUUAAUGCAAACAACAUUCACUAACAUAACUGAAAAUACAGUGCCGGUUAUUCAGUCAACAUACCGUAAGAAGAGGGAUUAUCCCUUAUAUUCGCGAAGAAAGUAUUUUUCGUCGCCCAUCUUUCUGAAGUGCAGCGGGGAAUGGACGAGGUGAGGCCUAUCAGCGGACCAGCAGCCCCCGGGCUGGCGUCACUCUUCCCCCCUGGUCUGCAGGCAAUUUACGGGGAAUGUAGGCGGCUGUACCCCGACCAGGCCAACCCCUUGCAAGUUACAGCUAUUGUCAAAUACUGGUUAGGAGGUCCAGAUCCUCUGGACUACAUCAGCAUGUACCGCAAUGUGGGGUGCGACGCACAGAACGUACAAGAACACUGGCACUACGUCAGCUUUGGACUCAGCGACUUGUAUGGAGACAACAGAGUUCAUGAGUUUACAGGUCAGGAAGGCCCCAGUGGCUUUGGCUUUGAGCUGACGUUCAGACUGAAGAGAGAAGUGGGAGAGACAGCACCCCCUACCUGGCCAGCUGAACUCAUGCAGGGCCUGGCCCGCUACGUCUUCCAGUCAGAAAACACAUUCUGCAGUGGCGACCACAUAUCGUGGCACAGUCCACUGGACAACAGCGAGUCUCGUAUCCAACAUAUGCUGCUCACAGAGGACCCCCAGAUGACUCCGGUCCACACGCCCUUUGGCCUAGUCAACUUCCUGCAGAUUGUGGGUGUGUGUACGGAAGAGCUGCAGGCAGCCCAGCAGUGGAAUGGUCAGGGAAUACUGGAGCUGCUUCGAGGGGUCCACGUUGCCGGAGGGUCCUGGUUGAUUACUGAUAUGAGGAGAGGAGAGACCAUCUUCGACAUCGAUCCUCAUUUACAACAGGAGCGUGUGGAUCAGGGUAUAGAGACAGAGGGCUCAAACCUUAGUGGUGUGAGUGCCAAAUGUGUGUGGGACGACCUUAGCCGACCGCCUGAGGAUGAAGAGGACAGCCGUUCUAUCUGUAUAGGAUCUCAACCCCGAAGACUGUCAGAAAAAGAUACAGAGCAGAUUCGAGAAGCUCUAAGGAAAGGAUUGGAGUUCAACACGAAAGCAGCUUUACCCCCGAUCAACUCACAAAGACAAGGACAUGACAGACCUCAGAGUCGUAAAGAUAGCCUGGAGAGUGACAGUUCUGCAGCCAUAGUCCCUCACGAGCUGGUUCGUACUAGACAACUGGAGAGUGUUCAUCUGAAAUUUAACCAGGAGUCCGGAACACUGCUUCCCCUCUGUCUCAGGGGUCGUUUGCUUCAUGGCCGACACUUCACUUAUAAGAGUAUAAAUGGUGACACCGCUAUCACCUUUGUAUCCACCGGAGUAGAAGGGGCCUUUGCAACUGAGGAACACCCAUACGCUGCACAUGGACCCUGGCUACAGAUAUUGCUGACUGGGGAGUUUGUUGAACAGAUGCUUGAAGAUCUGUCAGAGCUCAAUACCCGAGAAGAGACAAAGUUACCAAAGGAGUACAGCUGGCCGGAGAAAAAACUGAAGAUAUCGGUCCUGCCUGACUCUGUGUUUGACAGCCCACUGCAAUGAAAAUGGGAUCUACUACUGUCUUCAGAAUACUCUACACCUCCUCUAUCCAGUCAGUUUCCGUGGAUGGACCAGUUCACUAAGCCUUUUAAUUGGGUCAUGUUCAGUAGGCCACUUCCUAGCAAAGCAUUUUGCAAUACAAAAUCAUGUUUUUUGUAUUGGACACGUUCAGAGAGUACCUUCUGUUACACCUACACAUUUUGUGAAGUUUCUUUCCAUUUUGUGCCUACUGAACACAACUCAGCUUUUUCCCAUGAGCUAUAGCCUGCCUUUUAUCCCGAGGGAGAGACAACCUUACCUGCAGGAUCUGUCUAUCGUCUGCCUUUGAGUGUAGACUGACUGCCUACCUACCUGGCUUUCUACUGGAUUUGUUUUACAAACCUCCUGAAAUGUGUCUAAAUGUUCCCAGAAACCUGUUCCUCCAGGUAGCUGCCUUGCUAGAUGAGACAUGGUUGCUAUGCUUUGAAAAGGGUUUCAACGUCUGGUUUGGGUGAGACGUCUCAAGAUUCAACAAGUUGGUAGUACCGGCAAAUAUACAGGGUCAGUAGUUCAAGGGUCUUAUUUGGCUUUCUAGGGUCACAUUCUAUUUGAAGUGUUUUCUUAAAAGUAGACCCAUUUACAGUGUUUUCUUUGUUUUUUAAGUGCUGGACAUUUUCUUUGUUAACAUUUAAGUGUAUGCCCAAUGCCAUUUGUAUCCGACCACUGACUGAAAUAUAAUUUUUUCUAACUGAAACAUUAUUCAGUGCCAGCUUCUCUUUGCUAAAAUCUAAAAUGGCCUCCACAAUGCUAUAAAGUGCUGUAUGAGAGGAAUAUAUGGGUAUAGGAGACAGCCUCUGUGAAAAUCAAUCAAACCACAUGAUCCUCUAAGUCUUUUGGAUGCGCCAUUGAAUCUUUGACGUCAAUUAUUUGAUUCCUCUGUGCCAAGGCAGCCCAAUUCUUGAAAUUUUAAAGAGUAAUAUUUUUGUACAUUUGUAUUGUUUUACCUGUUACUUUUGGAUCAUGUUAACCUUACUUUCAAACGUAAUCAUGAAAUCAAUGUCUAAAGCUAUACACAGUGCCCGUUAAAUAUUAUCUGAGGAAAGAUUGUGUUUGUAUAGGUUUACAAGCGCUGGGGACAAUUGUGAAAAGUGGAACAGCAUUUCAAGGUCCUUUCCAUGUGUCCACAAAUGCAGUUGCUUAAAGAUUUUAGCUGAUAAACAGUUAGCUACUGUAUUGCUUUUGUCAUCCUUACUAUGAUUUGUUGAUGAUAUACCUCCCUCAUGCCAGUGCUGCUUCUAGCUAGAGGAGGCUCAUAGAACUUUUCAAAGCCUGAGUCUACUCCAUAUUACUGAACACUACUUUUUUCACAGAAACCUAUAUCUUUAGUUUUGAUACCAAAGCCUACUUGUUAUUUGUUACUGUCACAGUGUGUUUCUUGUACAAUGUAUUCAUGUUUCUUGUAGAUCAUGAGUCCCAUAGGAAACACUAGUCUAUCAAAGCCAUGAAGUGUAUUGGGCUCUGUCUUGUAUUGAUGUUAUCCACUGCCUACCACUCCUGAUGUACAUCAGUUUCAGUCUGUCUCUUGUCACAUAUAGCCUCCCAGAUAUCUCUUAAUGCCAUGACUGCAUUCCAUUGGGAAUUAGUCAUAAACAGGAGUUAAGCGAAUCUUUCUUUAAUCGCCUCUUUCUGUUCACAAUCUGUCUUUCAUGCAGAAAUAGUCUUUAUCAUGACAUUUUGAAAGGUGUUUUUUUUUUUUUCUAAUACUGUUUCUUUUUAUUUGAUGAAGACAAAUGAAUCACUAAACUAUGUAAUCAGAAGUGCAUUAAACAGGAAUCUCUACAUUCA